AUGUCACAAUUACCAGAUCCCACCAUCGACCUCGACUGGUCUGGAUACGAUGGCUCCAUUCAAUGGCAUUUCAGCGAGAACGCAAAGAAGUAUCCCGAUCGAACAUGCGUGGUGGAGACCAAGUCCUCAGAAGGCCCCGAGAGGAGUUUCACCUACAAACAAAUAUACGAAGCCUCAAAUGUCUUAGCACACUAUCUCAGCGACGCAGGAAUCACCAAUGGCGAUGUUGUUAUGAUUUGGGCGCAUCGCUCCGUCGACUUGGUCAUUAGUAUAAUGGGCACACUGGCUUCCGGUGCUACUUUCAGUGUUCUAGAUCCAGCAUAUCCUCCAGCCAGACAGACGAUUUACCUCGAGGUCGCCCAACCCCGCGCAUUAGUCAAUAUUGCGCGAGCAACGGAUGAGUCAGGGCAAUUGGCCACAACAGUCCGGACUUACAUCGACGAAGAGCUUCACUUGAAGGCAGAAGUUCCAUCGCUACGUCUUGGCGAUGAUGGAAUACUGUCGGGGAGCGCAACGGGUAACCCGGAUGUAUUUGCUCAGGUUAGGGCCAAGGCUUCCUCACCACCAGUGACGGAGGUUGGACCAGAUAGCAAUCCGACCCUAUCUUUUACCUCUGGUAGCGAAGGAAGGCCUAAAGGAGUACUGGGUCGCCACUACAGUCUCACCAAAUACUUUGGCUGGAUGGCAGAGCGAUUCCAGCUCAGUUCCACAAGUCGGUUCACUCUUCUAUCAGGCAUUGCGCAUGACCCCGUGCAAAGAGAUAUCUUCACGCCUCUUUUUCUUGGCGCACAAUUGCUCGUACCUUCCAAGGAAGACAUCCAGCAUGAGAAGCUUGCAGAAUGGAUGGCUGAGCACAAGCCAACGGUCACACAUCUGACGCCAGCGAUGGGCCAAAUUCUCGUCGGUGGAGCUGUAGCGGAAUUUCCUUCUCUGGACAGGGCAUUCUUCGUUGGCGAUAUUCUUACAACCCGAGACUGUCGAAGCUUGCGGCGCCUCGCUUCUAACGUCAACAUCGUUAAUAUGUAUGGAACUACGGAGACACAACGCGCGGUGAGCUACUACGAAAUCCCAAGCCGGGCAAAGGAUUCGACAGCUCUGGAAGACCUGAAGGAUACUAUACCAGCUGGAAAGGGAAUGAAGAACGUACAGCUUCUGGUUGUGAAUCGAGAAGACAGGACCAAGAUGUGCAAAGUCGGAGAAAUCGGGGAAAUUUAUGUUCGUGCCGCUGGUCUCGCGGAAGGGUACAAGGGAGAUCAGGCCAUGAAUGAUCAGAAAUUACUCAUGAAUUGGUUUGUGGACAACCAAAAGUGGGUAGAAGCGGACGAGAAAAAUGACAAGGGCGAGGCAUGGAGAAAAUACUAUAAAGGGCCUAGAGACAGACUCUAUCGUACCGGCGACCUUGGUAGAUACUUGGAGUCUGGUGAUGUCGAAUGCACAGGCCGCGCCGAUGAUCAAGUCAAAAUCCGCGGUUUUCGAAUCGAACUCAACGAGAUCGACAGCAACUUAGGCCAGCAUGCUUUGAUUAGAGACUGCAAGACGCUCGUCCGCAGAGACAAAGAUGAGGAACCCAAGCUAGUUAGCUAUAUUGUCCCAGAGAUGAAGCAAUGGCCCGAGUGGCUCAAAGUUCGAGAUCUCGAGGAAGUGGAAGAUGAAGGUAUUGACAUUGGUCCUACGAAGUUCUAUCCUAAGAGAUUCAGGCGCAUACAAACGGAAGUACGAGACCAUCUAAAAACACGUUUGCCUGUGUACGCAGUACCAACCCUCUUCAUUGUUCUCGACAAGCUUCCGCUCAAUCCAAAUGGAAAGGUUGACAAGCCAAACCUCCCCUUCCCAGAUAUCAUAGAGCAGACAGAAGAAGCUUCGGAAGAAGAUGUCAAGAGGUGGGAGUCGCUGACACCAACUGAGCGGACUGUUGCAACCAAAUGGGCGGACCUUCUUCGUGGCCUCAACCCCAAAACAGUCACGCCCGAGAACGAUUUUUUUGAUCUCGGUGGACAUAGUAUCCUAGCCCAACAGAUGCUACUUCACAUUCGACGAGAAACCGGAGCAAGUGUUUCCAUAAAUACACUUUACGAAUACCCUAGUCUUGCUGGUUUCAGCGCACAAGUUGAUAAGCAGCUGAGCCCAACAGACGUAGCUAGUGGGGAUAAUGUGCCAGUAGAGGAGAAAGACCCGGCGUAUGCCCUUUCAUUGGACGAACUUGUCGAGAAUUUACCGUCGACAUACCAAACAGCAGAUCCAGCCGCAAUUAGAGAAAAGGCAAGGCCGACAAUCUUCCUCACGGGUGCAACUGGAUUUCUGGGCGCCUAUAUCAUCAAAGAUGUAUUAGAACGAACUAGUCGCGAAGUUCACUUGAUUGCCCAUGUACGAGGUGUCAAGGAUUCAAAGGCAGCACUUGAUCGCCUACGACAAUCCCUCCAGGGCUAUGGUUUAUGGCACGAUGAAUGGACCGAAAGACUGAGCUGCAUAGUCGGUGAUCUGUCAAAGCCACAGCUCGGUAUUGAGCAGGAUGUAUGGGAGAAGCUAGCCCAGGAAGUUGACGUAGUGAUACACAACGGGGCCACUGUCCAUUGGGUUAAGAGAUAUCAAGAGAUGAUGGCCUCAAAUGUCAACUCUACGAUCGACGCUAUGAGAUUGUGCAAUGAAGGCAAACCCAAACUCUUCACCUACGUUAGUUCGACAAGUGUACUCGACACUGAUCACUAUGUCAAAAUUUCGGAUCACAAUAUCAGCACUGGCAGAAGCGCGCUCUCGGAAGAGGAUGACAUGCAGGGCAGCCGUCGUGGCCUUGGAACUGGUUAUGGGCAAACUAAAUGGGUAUCCGAGCUGCUUGUCCGCGAGGCAGGAAAGAGAGGGCUUCGCGGCUCAAUAAUUCGACCCGGAUACAUCUUGGGAGAUUCGCAGACUGGCGUCUGUAAUACCGAUGACUUUUUGAUUCGCAUGCUAAAGGGAUGUAUUCAAUUAUCUUCCAGGCCGCGCAUCAUCAAUACCGUUAACUCUGUUCCGGUAAAUCAUGUUGCUCGUGUGGUGGUGGCUGCUGCUCUUAAUGCUCUCGAAGGGGGAGUUCACGUAGUCCACGUCACAGGCCAUCCGCGGUUACGCAUGAACGAAUACCUUUCGUGUCUCGAAUACUAUGGGUUCAAGGCCCCAGAGAUCGAUUAUGAUGACUGGAAGGACGAGCUGGAAACGUAUGUGUCAGCCGGUGGCCAAGAGAAGGAUGAAGAACAACAUGCUCUAAUGCCGCUCUACCAUUUCUGCGUUAACGAUUUGCCAGCUACGACGCGAGCACCAGAACUCGACGACCGGAAUGCGGUCAAGAUUUUGAAAGAGGACGCCGAGAACUGGACUGAGGUUGAUGAGAGUGCUGGCUACGGUAUUAGCAGGGAGAUCAUGGGCAAGAUCUUGAGUUAUUUGACCGAAAUCAAGUUCGUAAGCAAACCGUCCGCAAAGGGAAGGGCGCUGCCCGAACUCAACUUGAGUUCCGAACAACUGCAGGCGAACGGCGCUGUGGGGGGCCGUGGAGGUGCACCCAAGUAG